GUGGGCGAUUGGACGGACCCGUGGGCACUCGGUGGCGCCGCGCCGCUCGCUGAUUUGACUUUUGUUUUUCGGUUGGUUUCUGUGACUCGGAGGCUUAGUGUUUUGUUGCUUUUAACAAGAAGAGAUUGGCCCAAUUUGGAGAAGUUUUGUGGAAGGAGUGUCACCUUUGGUAGCAGGUGGAAGGGGAUGGCGGAUUCACUGGAGUCAACUCCCUUGCCUUCUGUCCAAGAUCGUCUGGCUGUCCUCUGCCCUUCUCGGGAGCUUCUGGAGUACUACCAGAAAAAGAUGGCUGAGUGUGAGGCGGAAAACGAAGACCUCCUGAAGAAGCUGGAACUUUACAGAGAAGCUUGUGAAGGACAGCAUAAACUUGAAUGGGAUUUGCAGCAGAGGGAGGAAGAGAUUGCUGAACUGCAGAAAGCCCUAAGUGAUAUGCAGGUCUGCCUCUUCCAGGAGCGGGAGCAUGUUUUACGCCUCUACUCAGAAAAUGAUCGACUGAGAAUCAGGGAGCUAGAAGACAAGAAAAAGAUUCAGAGUCUCUUGGCUCUUGUGGGAACAGACACUGGAGAAGUGACCUAUUUUUACAAGGAACCUCCCCACAAAGUGAGCAUUCUCCAAAAGACCAUCCAGGCUGUAGGUGUGUGUGAACAGAGUGAAUCUUCAACUUCCAAUGCAGAUCCUAAAGUAAACAAAAGAAGAUCAGCAACGAGAGAGAAGGAGGGAAGUUCUGAGCAGUACCAUAGAGACGUGCAAACACUCAUCUUACAGGUGGAAGCACUGCAGGCUCAGCUGGGAGAGCAGACGAAGCUUUCUAAAGAACAAGUCGAAGGGCUGAUGGAGGACAGACGGAUUCGUGCCGAGGAAAUCCAAGUGCAGCACCAGAGAAAUCAGGACAGAAUCAAAGAGCUAACCCAGAAUCUCCAUCAAACCCAGGAACUGCUCUAUGAGAGCACCAAAGACUUUCUCCAGCUCAGAUUUGAAAACCAAAAUAAAGAGAAGGCGUGGAUGCUUGAAAAGGAUAAUUUGCUAUCAAAAAUUAAGCAAUAUAGGGUGCAGUGUAAGAAGAAAGAAGAUAAAGUUGGAAAAGUUCUGCCAGUUUUACGUGACAGUCAUCAUACCCAAAAUGAAUAUAUUAAGUCCCUAAAGGAUAAAUUAGCACAAGAGAAAAAGCUGUCCACCAUGUACCAAGAGCAGUGCAUUUCUCUAGAAGAGGAACUGGCCCGAAUUCGUGAGGAGGAGGGAGUGAGGAGAGAGAUCUUCAAGGAUCGCACUGACAAGAUGGGGAAGCGCUUACAGGUGAUGACGAGACGUUACGAGGCCUUGGAGCAUCGCCGACUCUUGGAAGUAGAAGGUUUCAAGACCGAUAUUAAGGCUCUCCGACAGAGACUGAAGGACUUGGAGCAGAUGCUGUAUAAGGCAACAAUGAAUGCCCAGGCAAACCAGGAUCUCGCCAUUCUGUGCGAAGUCCGUAACAGCAAUAAACGGGCACAUAAGUUACAAGGAGAACUGAAGAGCCUCAAGUCCAAGUUGUUUGGUCUGGAAAAUGAACUUAGACUCUGCUGAUGCCUACUUUUGGAAAUGGCCCCUGUUUGCAAGAGUUUGCUCCCUGAAACCAGAGAAAAAGUGUAGACCUGGAGUCGGUCAGCCUAUAAGACUGGGUGAAGAAUCAGGGACCACUGAGACAGCUUUCCCCACAGGCUGAGCUGUAUUUAUGACUUGCACUAGCCUGUUAACCUUUUCUAGGCCUCUGGAUUAUAACCUGAAUCACUUAGAGAUUUUCCCACUUUAUCUCGCAUGUUUAUGUUAACAAGUGUUUGUUUUUUCAAGACAAUGAUGAAAACUCCAGAAGAAAGUUCAUUUGCCAUGAACUUGAUGGAAAGUCAUUGGGAAGAACACUCUUUCAAAAGAGAUAAAGGCACCCACUGGGGUUGCCUUUAUCCUAGGCAGAGGGAAAAGGUAGCAAAUCACAUAUUGUCAAAUUUGAAUAGACAGUAGUAGUUCUGCCAUGUUCAGGCAUGAGCGUGUCCUGAAUUUCCUUAUCAGGCACCCUGUGUCCAAGUCUCACCAGAGGGCGCUAGAGACCCUGCUGUAAAGGACAUGUUAAUCUGGAAAAACAAAGGAGCCACCUGGGCAAGAGUGAAGCUAAAGUGGUCUUUGUAUCAAAAAUCUGACAUUUUAUCAGUAACAUGGUUUUUUUUUUUAAUGUAUUUUAAAUAGACUUUUCAAUAAAACAUAUAACAAAAUAUUAAAGUUUCCAAUAUUUUCUUAA